AUGGAUAAUAACCCCAAUAUGCUGAGAGAUGUGGGACAACCAUUGUCUCCGUCCGCAAAACCACAAUCAGGUACCUCAUGCCUUAAUGCGAUUAAGAGGAUAAAGAAAACUCACAGAAUAUCGCACAGGGUUCGCCUUGUAUCACUAGUAGCAGAGGUGGACGAAGAGGAAGUACCUCAAGAACACUCGUCCAAACAAGACACACCACCACAUCUACAACACGACACACCUCCUUCUACCACAAUGGAAGACGCAAUUGCAAGAGGUGUAGAAGCCGCACUGAGACGUGUUCUAAUCGACAAAGAAUUUCCAGUUAUCAAGAAGCACAGUCCCCAGCAGAGAAAGAUGGAGGAAAAAGAACUCCAGCAAGAGAAGGUGGCCGAGAAAAGCUAUGAAAGAGACUUCUUUUUGGCAAGUCAAAAGGUGGCAGCUAGUCGUGAGGAUGUCUACUCGUAUGAAUAUGAAGACGGCCCAGGUCCCGAUUACAAAGAUCUUGCCUUUGAUCUCAAAUGUGGGUCCAAAAGCCCCUGGAACAAUAAAGUCAUUGGCUUGCUGCUUGAAGAAUUGCGGAGAAGGGGUGACCAAGAGAGCUGGUCAUUCUGA